CUAGGUAUCUUAUCUCUGCGGUAGAACAUGAAGUAAGUCCUGGACCUAUGAAUAUCCAGUUUGAGUCAUCAGAUCUGAGAUCUAAAAGGACUGAAAAACUAAAUUAUGGCAUGCAUAUCCAUACAAUGGAAUAUUUUUCAUCUAAUACAAAGGAGGUGGCCUUAUGAUAUAUAAAAAUGGAAAAUUCUUCGAGUUAUUUUGUUACAAGAAAAAAGUGAAAUGCAGAGCAGUAUCUAUAGUCUGCCACCAUUCGUGUCAAGUCAAUCACUACGUUAUAGACAAUACAAUAUGUGUAGAUGGAGUCUGGGGGAAGGCUUGGAUGGCUGAGAGGAACUGCACAGCUGAGGCACUCAACAUCUCGAUGAAAAUGGUUGGAAAAGAAAAGCUUUCAAAGCCAUUCUGUUCUCAGAGUUCCCGAGCCAACUAAACUGGUACAGUUAACGCUCCAGCCAGAGGCAGGAGCCGAGAUCUAACACUUCCCGGACUGCUUUUCAGCAGACCUUCAAACCAACCUAGUGGCUGGAUGUUAAUGCCAUUGAAUUCCAGAGCAAACGGCUACAAGAAGAACAUCUAUACCUCUUUCUAUCAAUAUUAGUCCUUUUUAGUAGCCUACGUAUCUGCCUUAAGUUAGCAUUCUUGAGUUUUGUGUGGCACUGAUCCUGCAGGAAGAUCCUAUAGAGUGUGAACUUCCUAACAUGUGAGAAGUGAACGCCUUGCCUUUGUGCAUCCCGUUUCACAUGGAGGACAAGAGUUUACUCUCUACAAUGGCUGACUUCCAGAACUUUUGCCUGAAGGUUUUUUGUCAAGUAUGCAUUCCCUUCUUUAGGCCUUUCUAUAUAGAGCCUACCAACAUCGUCAGUGUGGAUGAUGUCAUUCAGAGGGUCAGCGACCAUGCUGCUGCGAUGAACAAGCGGAUACAGUACUACAGCCGGCUCACCACUCCCGCAGACAAGGCCCUGAUUGCUCCAGACCAUGUAGUUCCUGCUCCAGAGGAAUGCUAUGUGUAUAGUCCAUUGGGCUCUGCCUAUAAACUUAAGAGUUACACUGAAGGCUAUGGCAAAAACACCAGCUUAGUUACUAUUUUUAUGAUUUGGAAUACCAUGAUGGGAACAUCUAUACUAAGUAUUCCUUGGGGCAUAAAGCAGGCUGGAUUUACUACUGGAAUGUGUGUUAUCGUGCUGAUGGGCCUUCUAACACUUUACUGCUGCUAUAGAGUGGUGAAAUCACGGAGUAUGAUAAGUACAUCAGACACAUCCACAUGGGAAUAUCCAGAUGUCUGCAAACAUUAUUUUGGCUCCUUUGGGCAAUGGUCAAGUCUCCUUUUCUCCCUGGUGUCUCUCAUCGGAGCAAUGAUAGUUUAUUGGGUGCUUAUGUCUAAUUUUCUUUUUAAUACUGGAAAGUUUAUUUUUAAUUUUAUUCAUCACAUUAAUGACACAGACACUGUACUGAGCACCAAUGAUAGCAACCCUGUGAUUUGUCCAAGCGCUGGGAGUGGGGGCCGUCCUGACAACAGCUCCAUGAUGUUCUACAAUGACACAGAAGUGCAGCUGUUUGAGAAGUGGUGGGACAAGUCCAAGACAGUGCCCUUCUACCUCAUAGGGCUGCUCUUGCCGCUGCUCAACUUCAAGUCUCCUUCCUUCUUCUCCAGAUUUAAUAUCCUGGGCACAGUAUCUGUCCUCUAUUUGAUUUUCAUUGUUACCCUGAAGGCUAUUCGCUUAGGAUUCCAUCUGGAAUUUCACUGGUUUGUGCCAACAGAAUAUUUUGUACCAGAGAUAAGAGCUCAGUUUCCACAGCUGACAGGGGUGCUUACUCUGGCCUUCUUUAUUCACAACUGUAUCAUCACACUUUUGAAAAACAACAAGAACCAAGAAAACAAUGUGAGAGACCUGUGCAUUGCGUACAUGCUGGUGACCCUGACUUACCUCUACAUUGGGGUCCUGGUGUUUGCCUCAUUCCCUUCACCUCCACUACCCAAAGAUUGUAUUGAGCAGAACUUCUUAGACAACUUCCCUAGCAGUGACAUCCUGUCCUUCAUUGCAAGGAUAUUCCUGCUGUUCCAGAUGAUGACGGUAUACCCACUCUUGGGCUACUUGGCUCGUGUCCAGCUCUUGGGCCAUAUCUUCGGUGACAUUUAUCCUAGCAUUUUCCAUGUGCUGAUUCUUAACUUAUUUAUUGUGGGAGCUGGAGUGACCAUGGCCUGUUUCUAUCCAAACAUAGGAGGGAUCAUAAGGUACUCUGGAGCGGCAUGCGGCCUGGCCUUUGUGUUCAUAUACCCUUCUCUCAUCUAUAUAAUCUCCCUGCACCAAGAGGAGCGUCUGACGUGGCCUAAGUUGGUAUUUCACAUUAUCAUCAUCGUCUUGGGCCUGGCGAACCUGAUUGCUCAAUUUUUCAUGUGAAAACUGUUUUCUCAAGAUUUCUCGUGGUAUUCUGAACCUUGGCAACGGUUCUGCAUAAAAGAACUUGAAAAUGCUGUCAUUGCUAUAAUUCUAAGUGUUCUUCUCAGAUAAUUGGAAUCAAGGGAAAUGAUGGUCUCUCAUAAGUAUUUUUGUACUCAAGCUGGGAGGGAGGAAGUAUUAAGGAUGAUUUUCUCAGUGACCCUCAUUCCCAUGCAUCCAAGUAGAAAUGUGGGAGGAAUCAUACGGAUUUUUCUGUGUUAGGUGGGCGUGUUUCAUGACCGACAACAAGGAACCUCAGGGGUCUUGGGUCAGGGCGUGCUGCCAGGCCCUGCGUGUGCUUCCAUGAAUGCUCUUCCGCCCCUUUACUUGCUGGGCCAUUUCUAGGUUGCCCAAACCUCUGCUGUCUCCAACAGUAAAACAAAUACCUCAUUUUAAAAGAAGUUUCCAUGGCAUCAUUAUUAAUGGGAUGAAUUCCUAACUCAAUACUUAAUCUGAAGAACAAAAAACUUUAAAUAGUGUCAGUUCAUUACAAACUGUGUGUAAAUAGAGCCAGUGGAUAGCUGGUCUAUCAGUGAGCCCUUAGAUGAUGGAGGAAGAGGACCCGGAGGUCAAAGUCAUCCUUAGUUUCACGGCCAGUUUGUCUCUUGGGGGGAUGGGUUGUUUGUUUUAGUCUUUUUAGAAAGGCUUUCUCUCUGUAUCCCUGGCUGUCCUGAAACUCGAUCUGGGGACAAGCUGGUUAUAGCCAGCUUGAAACCAGCCUGGCUAUAUAAAGCCUGGUCUCAAGACGAUAAAAAGAAAGGAAACCAAAAGAAAUUAGGCAUCAGAUCAACUUGUGCAGUCUGUUGCUAUCUGACUCUUAAUUCAAAUCCAGCCCCAGUGGCUCAGAUUGAGGUUAUAAUUCCCAAGCCAGAUCUCACACCUGAGCAAAAGCAAUUGCCCUUGCUUCUUGACCUUGAGGACUGCAGGGACUAUCCUGAAGCCCCGUGGAGGAAGCACAGGUGGAGGUGGGCGUGUGAGGCUCUUCAGGAGAGAAGAGAAGAGCUGGGAAGGGUAGGACUGUCCAGUGUACCCAGAGUCAUCCUGGUUCAGGUGUGACCUCCAGGAGCCGACACCAUCUACCUGUUCCUAUAACAGGGAGGAAAGAGUUAGGUCUCGCCAGAAAAGCUUCUGACAAGAUGAUUAAGAAAUCCAGAUUCUUAGAGUUAACCCUCUUGCCAUCGUCCUUCUGAACAAAAAGCUAAACAAGAAUCCAGAUCUACCUGUCUUCUGUGGUCUACCCACAGCUACAAGCAUUUAGAUUUCUGUUUAACUUUGAAGAAAUUGUUUAAAAUGUAUCAUGAUUCAGCUUCCCAGGACAGUGUCAUGUUCUUAAAAGACAAAACAACAAAAAAAAAAAAAAAAAAAAAAAAAACCCAGGUAAAAUGUUUUUUGUAAAUCUAGUAAGCAGCCUCAGAUUUAAGACCAGCUUUAAUUUCUUUUAGCAUAGCUUUACGUCCUACUAAAGCAUGGUCUAUGUUUUUAAGGAUCUGUAACUCCUAACACUUUCUAAAGUCUCAUUAUGAAAA